AUCGAAGACGUUAUCUUACUAAGGUACGCCCAGGUCUGUCCUUUCCGUACAGCCACUGGGAUACCAGGAUCUUUUUAGUUUUAUUAUUAUUUUUUUUUUAAAAAGCGCGGGCGGUUCAUUCAAAUCUGUGAUACAGGGAACAUUGCAGAAUGAGUGUUGCACGGUACUGCUGUGUAUAAUGAACAGAAUAUUCAAAAACACAGAAGCACAUGUUUGGAAAAGGAAUUUUGCUCUAAACACCUUAAUGAUCUAUCAGGUUUUAGUGUUACACUUGUUUGGACAAUGUGAAGGAGGGACGAUAUUGACUGUUGCUGGAAGCAUCACUAACGCUUCAGUAGGAGAUCGGGUCAUGUUCCCUGUCACAUCAGAGGGAAAUCUGACAUAUGAGCUUAGCCUGCUAUUGCAGUCAGACACGAAAAUCCUAUCAUGGAUCUCAAAUAAUCCAUCAAAUCCAACAAUUUUCCAGUUAAUGUUUGAAGAUAGAAUAGGAUUUGAUGGAACUGGUUCAAUACUUCUGGAUAAUGUACAGCUCUCAGACAGUGGGGAGUACGAGGUGCAUAUCAAUUAUAUGAGGAACAGAAAGCCAACGACGAGAAGAAGAUUUCAACUUCAUGUCUUUGAACCAGUUUCAAAGCCCAAUGUGACAGCUGUUUGCUCUGUGAAUAACAUCAUAAUGACCUGCUCUACCAGCCAGGGGACCCACGUGUCCUAUCGAUGGGAAAAGGUGCCUGCCUGUAGUAGUGAGAGCUGUGUCAGUGCUGGUGCAGAGAAGCUGGUAGACGGGCUGUAUGGAUCUACUGAUGAGUACAAAUGCAUUGCUGAGAACCCUGUCAGUACAGAAACAAGCGAUCUGCUGGGAACACAAGCAUGUGAUGAAAACCUUCACAAAGGUUUCAAGCACUGGGGGGUUACUGUAGUGUGCAUCGUUGUUUUUGGAACAUUUCUAACAGGAUUGUCAGUUUACCUGUAUUAGAAGACAAGGAAAACUAAUGGACCAAAUGAUGAACUGCAGUCACAAAGUGAGAAAGGUCUGAAGUGCUUGUUGAAGAUGAUAAUGAGCCAUUACAUGAGAAAACUGAGGAAACCGUGCCAUCCAGUGGAGAGGGAAAACAUGCUGUCUCACUUUCACUUUCUCCCUCUUUCACUAUACUCUCACUUUCUUUCUCUCUCUCUCCAGUUUUAAUGUAUGACUUUCAUAUAGCUUGCUCAAACUAUGCACAGCAGUAUGUCGAAAGUUUCAUUUGAUAUGUUCGUGUGCCAAAAAGCACAAUACUGUCCAAUAGAAAUUAGAGAAUUGUCAGUUUCUGAACGUUCACCUGGCAGAACUGGCAAAAGUACCUAAAAGAAAAAUACAGAUGAAAAGCCUAAUGGUGCUGGUGAGUUUUUUGUAAACCAAAACUCUGUAUUUUCAACAAAAAGUUUCCAGUAAACAAAUAUGGUCUGCAUAUUUUUGGGGUUAUGGAUGAUCAUGACCUAAGGCUAUGAGAUACUCAAUACACAUCUUAUGAAUCUAUCAAGUCUGACAUGGGUAUGGUACUAGACAAUUAAAUCCUUUUAUGGCAGUAAUUUUACAAAAAGCUGUCACUGACUACCAGAACUUUAUAUCUCAGAGACCAUUUGAGAUAGUGACUUCAUAUUUGCAGGCAUAAUAACUAUUGUAUACAGAAUGGAUUUGUUUAAGUAUUUUGUUUUGUUAAACCUUUUGAUUUAUAAUAAACGGGCGCAACAUCGCAUUCACUCAUAUUUAUUGUCUGUCUACUUCCUGGCCUGACAUCACCAAAAAGCCAUCUUGUCACAGAGUGCUACUUGCAUUCAGCUUGGCUGUUUACUGUGAUAUAUGUAGGGAUGUUUGUACAUUCAAGUUGUAUACAAUGUAUUAAACCAGCACAAAAUUGAAUGCUAACUUUAAGUUGUUAAAUAAUGCUUUUUUUUAUAUAACCAAAUGACCCCAACCCCCCCCCCCCCCCAAAAUA